AAGCAUAGGCUGACGGCACGUGAAGUCCCACCCACUUUCUGUGACGUCCUGCGCCCCGGCUUCUGAUUGCCCGCUUCAGACGUCAAUCGCGGGGCGUGUGUCUUGCUGGGACACAGUGGAGGUCUAGCCUCUGGUUUGCGGAGCGGUCGGGUGUAUUCUGCGCUCGCCCCCACGCCCUCGAGGCCCCCGCCGCCCAACUCAACGGCGGCGCCAGCCCGUGGCUCCCGUGGCGCCCUCCCGCACCGGAUCGCUCCUCGCUGGGGCGGGACCUGGCCCGACGGUCACUAUGAGUGAAACAUCGUUCAACCUAAUAUCAGAAAAAUGUGACAUUCUCUCAAUUCUCCGGGAUCAUCCUGAGAACAGGAUUUACCAGAGGAAAAUCCAGGAACUCAGCAAAAGGUUCGUGGCCAUCCGCAAGACCAAGGGGGAUGGCAACUGCUUCUACCGGGCCCUGGGCUAUUCCUACCUGGAGUCUCUGCUGGGGAAGAGCAGAGAGAUCCUGAAGUUCAAAGAGCGCGUGCUGCAGACCCCAAAUGACCUCCUGGCUGCUGGCUUUGAGGAGCACAAGUUCCGAAACUUCUUCAAUGCUUUUUACAGUGUGGUAGAGCUGGUGGAGAAGGACGGCUCGGUGUCCAGCCUGCUGAAGGUGUUCAACGACCAGAGCGCCUCGGACCGGAUCGUGCAGUUCUUGCGCCUGCUCACCUCAGCCUUCAUCAGGAACCGUGCAGACUUCUUCCGACACUUCAUCGACGAGGAGAUGGACAUCAAAGACUUCUGCACUCAUGAGGUGGAGCCCAUGGCCAUGGAGUGUGACCACAUCCAGAUCACGGCCCUGUCUCAGGCCCUGAACAUCGCGCUGCAGGUGGAGUACGUGGACGAGAUGGACACGGCCCUGAACCACCACGUGUUCCCUGAGGCUGCCAUCCCUUCCGUUUACCUGCUCUAUAAAACAUCCCACUACAACAUCCUUUAUGCAGCCGAUAAACGUUGAUUAAUUUUA